AUGGGUGGGAAUUGGUAUUUAGAAUUCACUUACACCUCAAAGAAGAAUCCGAAAUUCUACUUCGCCGGACCGGAAUGGAACCAAGCUGUUGAGAAUGCUCUUGGCACUGGCCCAAUCGAUACAAUUGCCUAUCACACAAUGGGAAGGAAUUAUGUUCGCUUCGAGAAAUGGACCGCUUGGAACGCGAGUGAACCUCGUGAUAAGGCUUUAGAGUUGGUCAAAAAGUACGUUGAUGAUGUCACAUUCGUCCGCUCCAAUGAUACUCCACAUUCGUUCUCGUAG